AGUAGCGUAAGCAUGUAGGCCAGCAACUGGUGCUGUGAUCAGCAACAGGGAUCUAGGCACGUAUGCCUACUACAAAGUCACGAAACGGAUGUGUACAUACGCCCCUAGUCCCUGUCCCUGCCUUUCUUUAUCCUUGUCGAUAUGCACGCAUGUAUGCAUGCAUACAUCCCUCCAACAGGGGCCGGGCGGCGGUGCCGGUGCCGGCCCUGGCGAGAGCCCUGGCGCGAGGUGUAGGGAAUGUCCUUGUCUGGGGGUGGUGGGCAUGCGUUCGCUCAUUUUAUUCUACUAUGGGGGGCGGCACGGCUGUUUUUACGCCGCUGCGCUGCCGCUAAGCUGUUGGUGGUGUGUAGUGUGGUGGUGUGCGACACGGGCUGUUUGUCUGAAACGUGGGGGUUUGGCCGCGAUGGUUGGGAUGAAUGGGAUGGGGUGGGCUGGUGUGGUCGGGAUAUGGGUACUCAUUCACCCACCUCUUCCCGCACCGGACGUCGCACACGGGCGCGGAAGCCGGAAUCGGCGCCCUGUGCGUAUGGCGUUAUACGUACAUACACACGCCUGCACGGUCGGCGAGAUAACUAGGUACCUAUAUAUGUAGGUGCCUAAGGUGCCGUACCGUCAGUCAGUGCCUGGCGAGGUAACCACGCACCGCGUACUGCGCACUGCGUACAGUGUGUGUAUGGGCGCGCGUGCUGGUUGUCGGAUGCUCGUGAUGUUGCACGCGCGAAUCUUGUCACUCCACUUUGGUGGUGGUGGAAAUGAGACGGGCGGGUCCGGUGGGUUGGGUCG